CACUCAGCAUAACAACAUGUGGCAAAGGCAAAGUGCGGUAUAACGGCAUCAAGAAGGCAGUAAUCGUCAGUCUAACAACCGAAGUGUGGGCAUUCAGUUUUUCUUCUAAGUUUGCUUAUUGCAUUUCAUUCUAGAGUUUAUUUUUCGCUUUUUAAUUGCAAUUUAAACAAAUUGCAGAAUAGUUAUAAAACGCAAAAGCAAAAAGCAAAUAUAUAAUAAGUAACGAGGCGAAGGAAAUAUGCAAUGCAUUCACCGAUAAACGCUUUCGAGUUGAAUGAGCGUCUGAUGACCGCAGUACAGACGGGCAACUUCCAUGGCGUGCUCGAUUGUCUGAUGGAGGGUGCCCGGGCAACCAUUGUUUCCACAUCGUGUGGGCGUACAGCUGUUGGCACCGCGGCGCUGGUGGGUGAUGCUGAGAUCCUUGAGCUGUUGAUACAAUCCUGUGAAGAACCUGAUUUGGAUAUAUUUAAUAGAAACCACUCAAACUCAUUUGAAAUGGAAACAGAGUGCACCCCGGACGGCAUGGAUAACCUCGAGUGGGAGGAUGAAUUUAUCGAAAACUGCAACGAUUGUGAGCAGAGUAGUGGAGAGCACGUAGCACAGGAUGCUGAAGAAACUUCCCUCUAUUAUUAUUAUGCCAAAACGUUCGAACGUACCGGUGCCAUUAUCACGCGCAUGGAUGAGCCAUACGCUAUCGCCACAAACUGCGGACACCAGCAAGAUGUACAUCGCGCAGAUGCGCUGCUGAUGACACCGCUACAUUAUGCCGCAGCUUGUGGACACGUAGAAUGUGUGCGUGUACUACUCUCACACGGCGCCACAGUGGAUGCCGUUAAUAGUGACGGUUACACACCAUUACAUGUGGGCGUGGCCUAUGCGGAAGUGGCGCACAUGCUGCUGAAACACGGCGCCAAUCCGAAUUUAAAGACGCUAAACACCGGUGAAACAGCGCUGCAUUUGGCUAUAAGGAAUCAUUCCGUGGCAGUGGCCAAUGUUAUUUUGCAAACAAAUAUGAAUAUCAACGAAACGGAUGACAUCGAUCAGACGCCGCUGAUAUGCGCCAUAGUGGCUAACCUGGACGGUCUUGCGGCGACACUGAUCGAGCGCAGCGCACGCAUCAACCUGCAGGACAAGGAGGGACGCAACGCGCUCUACUACGCGGUGGUGCAGAAUAAUGUGCCGCUCACAGUGCGCUUGUUGCAACGUGGCGCACGGCGCAUCACUUCCCAUUACCUGCUGCACCAUUGCGUACGCUACAGCAUGCGCGAGAUGGCUGAGACCCUAAUCAGCCAUGGCGAUAGCUUGAAUGUGCGCAACAAGGAUGGUCUCACACCCAUUCUGAUUGCGAUACUCAGCCAAAAGAUAGACAUGCUGGAAUUCUUGCUGCGCGUGGCCACGGCGCAACAAUCACAGGGCAACACGAUAGUUGACACCGUCGAAAACGAGUUGCUCAUCGCCGUGCAAUAUAUAGAUACCGUACAGGACUUCAUACCCAUUGCGCGCAUAUUGUUCGCGCAUAGUGAGGGGCGUUGGAUGUGUGCUUCAUUUACAUCGAUGUCGUGGUCGUGUUACAUUCCGUAUUGUCAGACGCCACUGGCGCGCGCUGUUAUGCUCAACAAAUUCGAUAUCGCCGAGUUUUUGGUCAAAGAGGGCGUGGACAUAACACAGGUGUGUGGCGAUCAUGGCAUCAAUCAUUUGCGCGCUACAAAUGCGUCGGGUGCAUUGGAGUUCGCCAAGUUGCUGGUACAUACUGGCUACAAAUUCCCAAUACUGCGUACCGAAUUAGCCAAUAAAUGGACCGACGAGCGACGUCACUUCGAAGUGGAAAUGUUUCGGUUGCGCAGCACACCCUUGUCACUGCAGUCGCUAUGUCGUAUUGUGAUAAGGAAUCAACUUUUAGGCCUGCUCAGUGGUUCGGCCGUGAUGAGACAACGAUACUCAACAACGAAGCGUGAAUCGAGUUUGAGUCGUAUGAUAAGUCUUUUGGGUGUACCAAAGAUACUUCAAAAGUAUUUAUACGAGUUCGAUGACUGCGCGUCUGUGAUGAAAAAUACCUGUAAUGUGGAUGGCGGUGGUUAGCAUGAAAAGUAAGGCUGUUAUAUAGGUAUAAGUGGAUAGUUCGUAAAGUUUUUUUAGGAUUAAGAUAGGAUUUCACACAGUAAUAUUGGGUUGACGAACGAGUAAACUCAGCGUAUGUGUGGUACCCAACUUUAAUAUUACUGAGAGUCAUUAAAUAUGAGUAAAAGGGUUGGAUUGAAGGUACACUUAACCUAAAAAUAAUGUAGAAUGAGUUAAAUGAUCGCUUUUCAAAGUUGAUUACGAAAUAUUAACGUAUUCAUAUAUUGAUAUUGUAAGUUUCAAAACUUACUUCCAGUCAUCAGUUGGUAUUUUUCGAUCAGCAUACGAUAGACUAGGCAUUAUUAAAGCAUGGCGGUUUGAACAGCUCGUCAAUUAGGUUAGGGGUUAGGUUAUAGUCAGACUCAUGAAAAAUUACCAAUUUCAAAUCAUUUUAUUGCCAGUAAAUGAUUUUAUUUUUUAAUUUUAUAGCAUCAUUAUAUAGGGCUUUGACUUGCCUUCCAGAAAUUUUACAAACAAAUUAAUAAUUUUAAAAGUAAUGGCUGUUUGUGUUGCUCCAGCUCCAACAGAAGCUUAUUGAGGUGUCCAUUGCUAAUCCUUGACUAUUCAUCAAAAAUCAAACGCACAAAAAAAUAAUUUUUUUUGAUGGAAAAUCUAGUGUCUGGUCGAUGCUUUUUUUAAUUAACAAAAUGGUGGUCUCUGUAAUCACUUUUUUUUCAAAUUUUUGAAAAAAAAUAAUCGUUAAUAAUUUAUCGAAAUUAUAAAAAUACUAGGCAAUUGUUUUUCAUGUUUUCAAAAAUCUGUUUAAAGUUCAUUGAAAUCUACCGUGCGGUUUUCGAGCUACAGUAGUCUAAAAUUCAAAAACCAUAGUUUUGAAAAACGCAUUUGAAGGUUUACACGAACGUUACAGACCAUUCAAUGCACCUUUUCUAUUUAUCGAGUAAUUCGAAAAUUAUUUGUCGGAUCUACACAGAGAAUAUUUCUAAGUUGCUACACUUUAAGGCGUUAUAUACAGUUAGAAGCGAAAAAAGCGAAUUUUCCAGAAUUUUUUCUGACAAAACUUUUAAUUUGAUUGAUCCAAAAAUUUUUACACUUAUUAUGGCAUCUUUUAACUGUAUUUUAAGACUUAAUAUUGGUAAAAAUAUUUACUUGGAAACUACUGCUAAUCUCCGGGAACUCCUCUCACAAAAAGAUCUUUUACAGUGACCACUAUAUCUCUGAACUGGAUCCGCUGAAAUUAAAAAACAAAUAACUUCAAAACCAAACAGAUUUCGUUAAAGUAAUGUUAAAUCUAGUAAAGCAAAUCGAAGGAAUAAGAAAAAUUAAAUUUUUUGACAUAAUGAUGGUUCCUAGAACAAAAAAUCGAUAUUUGACCAAAAUUUCGGCCUUUAAUUGUCUAUAAAAACAAAUUUUUUUCGGUGAGAAAAAAUCUUCGUUUGAAUACUAAACAAAUAUAUUUAAGUAGCUCGUGUUAAAACUUGAUCCUAAACGGUUUAGUUAAGCCGUUUACGAGCAAUGUUGGUUGCACCGACUUUGAAAACACGAUUUUGAGAAAAACGCGUUUAAAGUUUGGUCUUAUACCUCCAAGCACUCUGAAACGGCUUAUAAAAUUUGCGUGUAAUUUCAAAAAUAUUCACAGGAGCAAUAUGAAACUUUUUGUGUGUAAUCUAAAAUAUAUUUACAUUAAAAAUAUAAAAUUAAAAAAAAAUCGAUCUUUAGAAAAUUCUAACUGUAUAUAACCCCUUAAGAAAAUGCUAAUUCGAUUUUUUUGAAAAUUCUGACAUCUCCUAACCCCUUUUAUGAGCUGACAAGCCGUUGUUAGAGCAAACUUAUAUUUCUUGCAAUUGAAGUCCGGGAAAAGGCUCUUAUGCACUUAAGGUUUAAAGAAACAAAACAUACAUACUUACAUAUUUAUGUACAUAGUUUUAAAGAAAAGCAUAAAUACAUUUAGUAAUAGGUGCGGCACAUUUCAAGUGUUCCUUAGGUAAACCCUUUUAUCGACAUAGAGGUACCCCAAUUAAAGAUUGCAUUUGAAACUAAAUGUUAACAAAAAAAAUAAGCAUAGUUACUUACUAUGAAGUUGUUGUUCUACCGUAGUCGCAUAGUAGAAAUGCAUUGUAGAAUACAGCAGAAGAAUAACAAACAUGCAUAAUUAUCAUUUUGAAAAUUUUAUAUAUAGAUAUCAAAUUUUAUUCGUUUUUGAAAUGCAAUUAUGUAUUUUAAAAAAUGAUUUUUAAACUUUCUCACAUCAUUUAUACAGUGUUUUAAGAAAAGUAAAUAUAAAAUACAACAUUUUGAAUACAACUCAACAUACAUACAUAUGUAUGUAUGUAGUUUGUAUGUAAUAUAUACGCAUAUAAAUGGUUACAUACAUGAUAAAAGCUCAAUAGGUGCAACAAACACAUAAUUCCAACCUCAUCACAUUAAUAAGAUCUCGUAGCGUGUAGUUAAAAAUAUAUUAUAGCAUAUACAUACGAGUAAUAUAAA